CAUAAUUUAGUAACUUUUAUCUUUUUUUUAAUGAAACAGUUGAUCAACUAUUAUGUGAGAGAGAAGUACACAUUGAGGUACACUGGUGGAAUGGUACCUGAUGUCAACCAGAUCAUUGUAAAAGAGAAGGGUAUAUUCACAAAUGUGGCCUCACCGUCAGCCAAGGCCAAGCUGAGAUUGUUGUUUGAGGUUGCACCAUUGGGGUUCUUGAUUGAGAAAGCCGGCGGUUACAGCAGCGACGGUCAACAAUCGGUGCUCGACAAAGUGAUCACGAACCUCGACGACAGGACUCAAGUCGCGUACAGUUCGAAAGCCGAGAUUAUCCGGUUCGAAGAAACUCUAUACGGAUCGUCCAGGCUCAGUGCAGGGGUCCCUGUUGGAGCUACUGCCUAAAUAAACAAUGUUUCACUUGCAUUUUCUUUUCCUUGUACCUUAAUCAUGU